AUGGGAUUUAUUGGUAAGAGUGUUUUGUUAACUCUCGUAGCACUUUUCUGCUUCACUUCCUCUGCUCUCAGUUUCACUACAGCUCUCCCCCCGAUCAAACUACCAACUCUUCCACCGACCAAAGCUCCCAUCAAACUACCAACUCUCCCACCGGCCAAAGCUCCGAUCAAGCUACCAACUCUCCCACCGGCUAAAGCUCCGAUCAAGCUACCAACUCUCCCACCGGUUUACCCUCCUAAGUUCAACAAGACUCUAGUGGCCGUGCGGGGUCUGGUCUUCUGCAAAGCCUGCAAGUACGCCGGCGUUAACAACCUCCACGGCGCCACACCCAUUAAAGAUGCGGUGGUGAGACUUGUGUGCAAGAACAAGGUGAUAUCGGAGACAAAGACGGACAAGAACGGAUACUUCUUGCUCUUCGCCCCUAAGACGGUGACCAACUACAUCAUCAAAGGUUGCCGAGCUCUCGUCGUGAAGUCGCCGGACGCCAAGUGCAGCAAAGUGUCGAAGCUCCCCGGUGGAAACAUGGGCUCUCUUCUAACGCCGGUCGUGAAGCCAGGAAGUUCCAUGGUCAUCAUCAACAAGCUCUACAGUCUUUUCAAUGUUGGUCCAUUCGCAUUGGAGCCUGUCUGCCCCAAAUGA